AUUGAUACCUUAUGGCCAAAAGUAUGGGGACACCUGUCUGUCCAACAUCUUAUUUCCAAACUGAGGGGAUUAAUAUGAAGUUGCUGCUAUAACAGCCCCUACUUUUCUGGGAAGGUUCCACUCACAGUCAGACUGGACAGCGGGAAGGAAGCCCCUUGUUCCUAAGUUCUCUGCCCGGGCCGCCCCCAUCAAAGUUAUGGAGUGAGUUUGGAGCAUUAACCAGCACUAAACCCUCCCCCAGCAAUCUGGAGACUGCCCGAGAGACUGCCCGGGUCUGAAGUUACCUGCAACCGCUGGAUGUGCCCUAUAUAAACCGCCGCUGGAUGGAAACUUAGCAGACACUUCGCCUGCUUCUGGGCAUUGUGGUGCCACUUUAAAGCUUAUAGGAUGUUGCCGGCAGUAAUACCAGACUUUCCCACUUGACGGCCCCCCAACGACGCAGUCCAGGACAGUGUGGACCCAUCAUGCACCUCUCCUGUCGCAGCAAAGCCAAGUUCCUGGCCCUCGCUUUACUGCUGCUGUCUGCUGCAACCUGGUUGUACCUGUCUGUGGGGGAGACAGAAUAUGGUCCAUCCCUGGGGCCGGUAGCCCCUCAUUUUUCGGCCACACCGUCCCUCCAGUUAGAGCUGGAGAGCCGCCUGCGGGUAGCUGAGGAGGAGAAUCGGAGACUGCGCCAGCAACUGGGCGAGAUGAGGAAUGAGGAGCAAAGCACCGGAGUAGGGACGGAAGGGGACAACAGCAGCCAUUGUGAGCACAGGAGCCUGACUGAGAAGUGUGAACUGAUCCACGUGGCCAUAGUCUGCGCCGGCCAUAACAGCAGCCGAGAUGUGGUGACCCUGGUGAAGUCCAUUCUGUUCCACAGGAGAAACCCCUUACAUCUGCACCUGAUCACGGACGCCGUGGCUCUGCGCGUGCUGGGGAACCUGUUCAAGACCUGGAUGGUGCCGUCCCUACAGAUCAGCUUCUAUAACGCAAGUGAGCUGAAGCCGGACGUUGCGUGGAUCCCAAACAAACAUUACUCGGGGAUAUAUGGGUUACUGAAGCUCACACUGACCAAGGCGCUGCCCUCCGACCUCUCCAAGGUCAUCGUCCUGGACACGGACAUCACGUUUGCCACCGACAUUGCCGAGCUCUGGGCAAUCUUUAAGAAGUUCACAGGUGAGCAAGUUCUGGGUCUGGUGGAGAAUCAGAGUGACUGGUACCUGGGGAACCUGUGGAAGAACCACAAGCCGUGGCCUGCCUUGGGCCGAGGAUUCAACACAGGGGUCAUUCUGCUGCUGUUGGACAAGCUGCGCCUGAUUGGCUGGGAGGAGAUGUGGCGACUGACAGCGGAGAGGGAGUUGAUGAAUAUGCUGAGCACCUCGCUGGCUGACCAGGAUAUAUUCAAUGCUGUUAUCAAGAGUUCCCCUACUCUAGUCUAUCAGCUUCCCUGUUACUGGAACGUGCAGCUCUCCGACCACACGCGCUCCGAGCAGUGUUACAGCGAGCUGGCCGACCUCAAGGUCAUUCACUGGAACUCCCCCCACAAGCUGCGAGUCAAGAACAAGCACGUUGAACUAUUCCGCACCCUGUACCUGACUUUCCUAGAGUACGACGGGAGCCUCCUGCGCCGAGAGCUGAUUGGCUGUCCGAGUGAAGGGGAACAGCAGGGGGGCAGCCAGGCUGCUCUGUCGCAAUUGGACGAGGAAGACCCAUGCUAUGAUUUCCGGAGGGAGAGCCUUGCAUCCCACCGCGUCCACCUGUCCUUCCUGCCGCACGUAACCCCGCCCCCGGACCCCUAUGAUGUCACGCUGGUGGCACAGCUCUCUAUGGACAGGCUGCAAAUGCUGGAGCUGAUCUGCCGGCACUGGGACGGCCCAAUGAGCCUGGCCCUGUACCUGUCGGACGCGGAGGCGCAGCAGUUCCUACGCUAUGCCCAGGCCUCCGAGGUGCUGCAGUCUCGCACCAACGUCGCCUACCAUGUGGUCUAUAAGGAGGGGCAGCUGUACCCCGUCAACCUCCUGCGCAACGUGGCCCUGAAGAACUCGCAGACCCCUUACGUCUUCCUGUCGGAUAUUGAUUUCCUGCCCAUGUACGGACUCUAUGAAUACUUACGGAAAUCCAUAUCCCAGCAGGACCUGACCGGCCCCCCCAAGGCUCUUAUCGUUCCCGCCUUUGAGACUCUCCGUUACCGGCUUUCUUUCCCCAAGUCCAAGACAGAGCUACUCUCCAUGCUGGAUACGGGGGCGCUCUACACCUUCAGGUACCACGUAUGGGAGAAAGGUCACGCCCCCACAGAUUAUGCCAAGUGGAGGACUGCGACCACCCCGUACCGGGUGGAGUGGGCGCCAGACUUCGAGCCGUACGUAGUGGUGAGACGGGACUGCCCUGAGUAUGACCAGCGCUUCCUCGGCUUUGGCUGGAACAAAGUGUCGCACAUCAUGGAGCUGGAUGCCCAGGAACAUGAACUGCUGGUUCUGCCUAACGCCUUUAUCAUCCACAUGCCCCACGCUCCCAGCUUCGACAUCUCCAAGUUCCGCUCCAGCGAAAAUUACCGCCUGUGCGUCCAGGCCCUUAAGGAGGAGUUUCACCAAGACUUGUCCCGGCGCUACGGUUCCGCCGCCCUAAAAUACCUCACGGCUGAGCGCAACCGGUGAACUUGGUGCAGAGACACUGCCAGGAAACACUACAGAGAGGGGUGUGAGGACAAUGGGCUCUUCCGUGCCUCUGCUCUUCUACAUACCUGCCUUAUACAGGGCCUUCAUUAUAGGAGGUGCCUGGCCCUUUAAUAGGAACGAACCAGUUGCCACGGGGGAUGUUAUUUCUGUGGCCUUUGUAUGGGCCGCCGGACAAUCAGCUGCAGUUCCCCCGGCCAAUGGGGACGUGAGUCGUGAUCACUGGACGGAGAGGGUCUCUCCCUGACGCAUUUCAAUAUUUCUCUUUAUUUAUAUUAUUUAUGUGGAUAAUUCCGAUGAAAUCAAACUGACAGGGCAGGAUUCCUGAUUCUAUUUUUAAAAUAUAUUCAGUUUCUUUUUGCAAUAAAAUGCUGCAAUCGUUUCUGUA